UCCUUCUGGUUUCUCAACACAGAAGGCAUCCACAGUCAGCUUCCGUCAACCAGCACCCCGCUUCCCAGUCGCAAGGCCACACAAAAACCGUGUUUUGAGAGUAUUAUAACGUACUUGCAAAUAAUGGGAAGGAGUGUCGUGGACUCCUGCACCGCAGUCAGCUGUUUGUUUGUCGCUCAGGCCCGCUAGCCUUUGAGUCUGAUAGCGUUAGCCGCCUGCAGCUGUCGUGCGCACUCGCGGAGCCAAAAUGGUGUUAUUAUUGAAUCCAUUGGAGAAUCUGAAGAUCUAUAUAAGUAACCGUCCACCGCUGGUCAUUUUUAUGGUUAGCGUCAGUGCUGUGGCCAUCGCUUUCCUCACUAUAGGAUACUUCUUUAAGAUCAAGGAGAUCAAAUCACCUGAGAUGACUGAGGAUUGGAACACAUUCCUUCUCCGAUUCAAUGAGAUUGACUUUUGCAUCUCUGAAAAUGAGACUCUCAAGCAUGGCUUGAAUGAGUCCAUCACGCCAGAGAGCACAGUUACCAGCAGCCAGACGCGAUCCAGCACCCAGUCGCCACCUCUACUGGAGGACCCGGGUCCCAUCAACAUCUCUGUGGCCAUCACACUGACCCUGGAUCCACUGAGGCCAUUCGGUGGCUACUCGCGCAAUAUUACUCACCUUUACGCCAGUGUGCUUGGGCAGCAAGUUGGCCUUGCUGGCAGAGAGGCCCAUGAAGAGAUGAACAUCACUUUCACACUGCCAGUAGCCUGGAACUCGGACGAGUGUGUUCUGCAUGGCCGCUGUGAGCAGAUGGUCUUCAGCACCUGUAUGACCAUCACAGCAGCCAGUAAUGUCUUCCCAGUCACAGUGCAACCACCUCACUGUGUCCCAGAGACCUACAGCAAUGCCACGUCCUGGUACAAGAUUUUCACCACAGCACGAGACUCGGACACCAAGUACACACAGGAGUACAACCCGUUCUGGUGUUACAAAGGUGCCAUUGGGAAAGUGUAUCACACACUCAAUCCCAAACUCACUGUCAUCGUUCCAGAUGACGAUCGCUCACUCAUUAACCUGCACCUCAUGCACACCAGCUACUUCCUGUUCGUGAUGGUCAUCACGAUGUUCUGCUAUGCAGUCAUCAAGGGCAGACCUGGCAAAGUUCGACAGAACAAUCCCGAUUUCUGUCAAGAAAAGGUGCGACUGAGGUGGCCUUGUCAGCAGGAUAAACGGGGUCAGAGGUGAACACCUGAAGCAUAUCGGAAAGGGAAGUGAGAAUACUACAUGUUGCCUACUGAACCCAGGAAAAGGGUGCAAAAAACAAAACACACAAAAAAAAGCUCUGUGAAUGAAUCUCUCUGCAAUGUUGGGUCACUCCAACCAAAGACUUUUAAGUGCCUGUAUCUACUGUGUAAAUAAUCAUAAAGGACUCGAGUACAGAAGCAGUCUGCCUGAGCUUCCCCUGCACCCUGUGCCAUCCUGUAAAUGUUCAGUAUAUCCAGUAUCAACAGAGGACGAUGUGCGAUUGACUAGAGAUGUUCAGAUGGGGGAACAUCACCUCCGUUCCUUUGAUCCCUUCGCUCUUUGUGUUCUCACCCUACUUCCUAUGACCUUUUGAUUUCUCUAGAGGCGAUCUUUGCCUUGUCAUUCCUCUCGUGUCUUUUGUCUUAACCGACCCUUUCGUAUGCCUGUCCAUUGCUGAUUCUGCAUUGGCUUUUCUCUUUGAGGAUGCGUGGAUCUCUGCCGUUCUACCAUAAGGAGAGGAUUUUGGGGUGUUUUCCUUCAGAGAUGACAGUAGGCAUCAGUAUGAUGUGUUCUUUUAUCUUAAGGACCCUUUCUGUAAACAUCUAAAUAAAUGCCUGAGUGAAAGUGGGAUAGAUGGGAAUAAAAACGAGAAAUGCCAUCGUGUUUGGAAGUCGGGAUAAAAUGCCUCGUUGUUGGAUUGAUGGGUUUGCGUGCUAAAAAAUGUGGAUUCAUGGCCUUGGGCUUCAUGUCUCAUUUACUGUAUGUCCAUGUCUGUUUGUGGACACUUUAAAUGAAUGUAUUUGUAAAAAAACAGGCAAAUAGCAGCGAUGCAGCAUCGUUCUCUUGUACAUUGAACAUUUUGAAGUUUAAACGGUGAACAUCAUUAUUGUAGAUAUAAUUUUUUGCAUUACCUAGUUUUGUUUCUUUACAGAGCUAUUCUUACUUUUGUCCAUUUGUCAACCAUCCAUUAUUUCCUGCCUUUUCUUUAUUUCCAUUCAUGCCUAAUUUGAUACGUAAUGCCUUUUUUUUUGUGUGCAAUAUUUGACCUUUCAUUUUGCCUUUCUUUAUUUUAAGAGGAUAGUUCACCCAAAAAUGAAGAUAUUUCUACACAAAAGGAGAUAUUUUGAAAAAUGCUGGUUGCUGAGACUCAUUGACUUCUGUCGUAUAGAAAAAAAUACUAUAGACAUCUACAGCAUUCUUCGAAAUAUUUUCUUUUGUAUUUAAAAGAAGAAAGAAACUCAGAAAGCACUAAAUGAUGAGCUCAUUGAAAUUUUUGGGUGAACUAUGCCUUUAAUGUCGUCUUAUUAUGCAUCAUAGCCUGUAGUCAUGCGUGAAACGCAUUACUUCCUCCAUCAUCCUGUCUAGUUAAUGCUCCUAUUGAGUUUUACGUUGAAUCUUUGUCCUUUUCUAUUUACAAAGUUUCAAAUAUAACAAAUUUUCCCAUCAUGCUUUGCUUAAUCUCGGCUGUCUGAAACUACAUCGGUCACAAUUCAUCAGCACUCCCACUCUUCUUCUUUUUCUCUAUUUUAAAGGGGUCGUGUUUUUUUUUCCUUCUCUACACAAAAGGAGAUAUUUUGAAAAAUGCUGCUUACUGAAACUCACUGUAUGGAAAAAAUACUAUGGAUGUCCAUAGCAUUCUUCAAAGUAUCUUCUUUUGCAUUUAAAAGAAGAAAAAAACUUAAAGCGUCUUAAUGAUGAGUUCAUUUACAUUUUUGGGUGAACUAUCCCUUUAAUAUCUUCUUAUCAUGUGUCCUAUCCUGCAUGAAACUCAUUACUUCCUGUCCAUUUUGUCUAGUUCAUGCUCCUAUUUAGUUUUAGUCCUUUUCCACUGGCAAAGUUUCACAAGUAACCCAUUUUCUCAACAUGCCUUGCUUAAUUACAGCUGUCUGAAACGGUAUCAGUCACAAUUCAUCAGCACUCCCACUCCCCCCCCUGUAUUAAAGUCCAUAACAAACAAGCGUCCAACCACUAAUGUGCCUUUGCACUGUGUCACCCAUGCUCAUCACACUGUCUCUUAUGUCUUUCUUCUUCGCUUCAACCUGCUUUAUGCAUUUUGAAUUGGAAUAAAUACAUCCGCUUGGGCAUUUUAUGUCUAACUCCGAGUCAAAUCUGCAGUAAUGGCUGUGAAAGAGUGCGAUUCAGUUGCUUUUUCUGCUGAUGAUUAGGAAAGUACACCUCAGAUUGGUUUAUUGAUCAGAUCCAUUCUACAAUAAGAGGUUUUGAAAUAUUUUGAGGCGGAACAUGUUAAAUGUUUGCAUUAAGCGCCAUGUGAAAGCUGGUUUCCAUGUUGCCAAGGAAUACAAAAUAUGAAGAGUUCAGAUGCAAAAAGUGCCAUCUGGAAUUCUCUUCUUUCAAACUUCUUACAUUUUUGUUUAGUUAUUUCAUGUUAAAAGUGAGGAAAAUAACUUGUUGUUUGCCAUAAAACCGAAAUUACUGAAUCAAGAUAUAGGAGCCUGAGAAAAAUGCUAAUUUUAGAAGAAAAUCAGGUGGCUUUUGCAUCCGAACUCUUCAUAUAUAUAUAAAUGUAAGUGUGACUUUGACUCGCAAUCUUUUUUUUU